AUGACCAAACUACAGCCUCUGAAGAGUGGCUAUUAUGUGUGGAAAUAUGUACCUUCUGUGGCAGCGGCUGUCAUCUUCAUUCUGCUGUUCCUCGCUAUAACUUCGGUCCAUUUCUGGAAGAGUUUUAGGACAAGGGUCCGAUUCACCCUUCCCUUCGCCAUAGGCGGCCUGUUUGAAUUCAUCGGAUACGCCGCGAGAGCUGCCGCUCAUGAUAAGACUGGCAAACUCAUGCCUUAUAUUAUCCAGAGCGUCUUCGUUUUGAUCGCACCGACCCUCUUUGCUGCGGCUGUGUAUAUGGUCCUUGGGCGCAUUAUUCGCAGCGUGAAGGGGGAGAAGUACUCGCCCAUCCGUGUGGAGCGCGUAACAAAGGUUUUUGUCACCUGUGACGUCCUCACGUUUCUCAUCCAGGGUGGUGGUGCUGGUAUGAUGGCGAUCAGCAACCUGUCCAGUACAGGGCAGAAGAUUGUGCUUGCUGGGCUGGUCUUGCAAAUCGUUGCAUUUGUACUCUUCAUCGCUACUGCGACGGCCUUCUACCGACGUAUAGAUCACUAUCCCACCCCAGCUGCCGUGAACGGUGAGAUUCCGUGGAAAAGGCAUCUGGGGAGUCUGUUCGCCAUUAGCAUGCUGAUUCUGGUUCGAUCUGUCUUCCGUGUUGUUGAAUAUGGUAUGGGGAAUGAUGGCUACCUACUGGGAUAUGAGUGGUGCCUGUACAUCUUCGAUGCGCUGCCAAUGUUCAUCGCCAUGGUUUGCUUUGCAAUUUGGUAUCCCGCUGACCUACAGCCAUUUUUGGUCGGCUCGGACACAGAGAUGGUGGGAAUCACGGAACCACAGUCGCCACGGGCCUGA